UGUUGAUCUCGGAGGAUCCCUGUAGCCGGCAACUUGGACUCUUUUGAAAGGGAUGGAGGAAUCGCUUUCCCCGGUUUAUAUAUAUAGUCCGGAAUAUGUGAAGUUGUGCGACAGUAUGCAGAGCAAAGUACCGAGGAGGGCCAGCAUGGUACAUUCAUUGAUUGAGGCAUACGGGCUGCUUCAGUAUAUGAGAGUUGUAAAGCCCAAGGUUGCAACCAUGGAAGAGAUGGCUGCAUUUCACACUGAUGCAUACCUACAACACCUCCGCAAAGUGAGUGAAGAGGGUGAUAAUGAUGAUCCAGAGACAGUUGAAUAUGGAUUGGGCUAUGACUGCCCCAUCACUGAAGGUAUAUAUGACUAUGCUGCUGCUGUUGGAGGUGCAACAAUAACUGCUGCAGAAUAUCUUAAUGAGGGGAAAACUCGUAUUGCUAUCAAUUGGCCAGGUGGCUGGCAUCAUGCAAAGAAAGAUGAAGCAUCUGGAUUUUGUUACCUUAAUGAUGCUGUUCUAGGUAUCUUAAAACUGCGACAGAAGCAUGACAGAGUAUUGUACGUAGAUAUGGAUUUACAUCAUGGGGAUGGUGUUGAAGAUGCCUUUAGUUUCACUUCUAAAGUGAUGACUGUCUCCCUGCACAAGUUUUCUCCUGGAUUUUUCCCAGGCACCGGUGAUGUAUGUGAUAUUGGCCUGGGGAAGGGGCGUUUUUAUAGUGUCAAUGUCCCCUUACAAGAUGGAAUAAAGGAUGACAAAUACUACGAUGUUUGUGAAAGCAUUUUGAAGGAAGUAUAUUCUACCUUCAACCCUGAGGCGGUUGUUCUGCAACUGGGGGCUGACACCAUUGCUGGGGACCCCAUGUGUUCUUUUAAUAUGACCCCAGAAGGCAUUGGAAAGUGUGUAAAAUAUGUCCUUCAGUGGAAAAUACCUACACUUGUCCUGGGUGGAGGAGGAUACCACCUCCCCAACACUGCUAGAUGCUGGACAUACUUGACAGCACUUAUCCUCGGUAGGACCUUAUCUUCAGAAAUCCCAGACCAUGAGUUCUUCACAGAGUAUGGUCCAGAUUAUGUACUGGAAAUUACCCCAAGCUGUCGGCCUGACAGAAAUGACACUCAGAAAGUACAGGAGAUCAUAGGGUCAAUCAAAGGUAACCUGAAACGCGUGGUUUAAGAUCACCAAAGUCUGCAUUUUCUUCUCCCUAAGCCUUGAUGAAACACCCUGUAUAUAAAGACUAUGUUUAGUCUUGAGAUAUAUAUUAUAAAUAGAAUAUGCAAAACAUUUCCUCAUCUCUAUUGAUAAACAUGCUCCCUGGACCAAGAAUAUCUUAUUUUUUUACUUGUUUUUAUGGACUAUUUUUAAAUGAACAUUAAACAUUUACAAGAUA